UUAUGAAUGACAGUUAUUAAAAGAGAACGAUUAUAGAAACUGAGUUUAUAAGAAUUAUAAUAUGUUGAAGUAUGUAUUUCUGAAAAAUAGUUGACCGACUAGUGUGAAAUUAUGACAGAAGUAUCUACGACUAAAGAAAAAGUGAUCCAAAAUAAUGGACAAGCAGUUUCUAAAGGUGCACCAGUUAGAACAACAUCUGGAGGAUUAAUGAAACUAUCAAGUUAUGUGUUAGCCCUUCGACCAUGGUCUCUUAGUGCAAGCUUAAUACCAACACUUUUAGGAUCUACUAUAGCUUACAAGUAUCCCGGAUCUUCAGAUUUCAAUUACAUCACUCUACUAUUAACUGUAUUAACUGUAAUAUCAGUACAUGGAGCAGGAAAUGUAGUGAACACUUAUUUUGACUAUGUCAAAGGUAUAGACAAUAGAAAAUCAGACGACAGGACUCUUGUAGAUCAUUUAUUAUCGAAAGAUGAGGUUGUGUCAUUUGGAGCCAUGCUAUACUUUGCAGGAUGUGUUGGUUUUAUUCUUCUAGCAAAUCUAUCGCCAGCAAAAAUGGAGCAUUUGGCGUUAGUGUACUUUGGAGGACUAUCAUCAAGUUUUUUGUACACUGGAGGCAUUGGGUUUAAAUACAUAGCUUUAGGAGAUGUAUUGAUUUUAAUAAUAUUUGGACCUAUUUCUGUUUUGUUUGCUUUUAUGUCACAAACAGGUCACGUUGAAUGGGCUACUAUUUAUUAUGCUAUACCUUUAGCUUUGAACACUGAGGCUAUUUUACAUGGAAAUAAUACAAGGGACUCUGAAUCUGAUAGAAAAGUGGGAAUUGUUACUUUGGCAAUUAUAAUAGGACAUACUGCUUCUCAUGUUUUAUAUGCAUUUUUGUUGUUUACCCCUUACAUCAUGUUUGUGGUCGUUUCUUUAAAAUAUUCAAAAUGGUUUAUGUUACCUUUGGUAACACUACCUAAUGCAUUUAAAAUUGAAAAGCAGUUCAGAUCCAAAGAUAUUCACAGUGUUCCAAGAAAAACUGCUAAGCUAAAUUUAUUUUUUGGCAUUCUUUAUGUUGUAGCUUGUAGUAUGGUGCCUACAUUACCAUAUAUUACACAAAGAUAGAUAUAUUAUUCAUAUCAAGAUGUUUUUUGUACUGUACUUAAAAUAUAGAUGUUUUCAUAAAAUAUUGGGUUUUUACGAGUUUCUAAUCUGUCCUCUGAAUGUACCUCAUAAUAAUAUUGAAUCAUAAUUAUUUAAUUCACCAUUUUAUUAUUUAUCAAUAAAAAAUUAAUAUUUAAGAAAUAACAUAUGUUGUAUCAUAGUGUUUUGACUGCCCCAUUUGUUUUAAUUAAUUUAGUGAUUAUACAAAUGUUUCCCAGAACACCUACAAAAGGCUCUUUUUUAUUUAUAUUGCAGCUGGCAGUAUGUGGUUAGUUACAAUAUGUGACAGAAAAAUAGAUAUUAUUUAUAUUAAGAUGUUUUUUAUUUUGUAUUUAAAAUAUACUAGUUUUUAUUAACAA